AUGGAGACCAACCAGGAUGAGAAGGCUGGCGAGUUCAAAGAGGGGGAGGAGGACUUCAAGGGUGCCAUCAACCUCUACCUCAAGGCGUGCCUACCAGCCAAGGCCGCCCGAUUGGCUAUGAGCCGUGAGGAGCUGGUCUCCAACAUUGACAUCAUCAAUAGAAUCGCUGCUGCCCUCACCAAGGGAGAGUUCUACGAGAGGGUGGGUGUCAUGACAGCUGCAAAGUCACACAGCGAACUCAUUGGCUGCUAUUUACAUUACACUAGGCUUCUUCAAGACAACAUUGCUUAUCUUCCAGCGACAGAGGAAAAGUCUUAAUGAAAUGAGAUUAGAGGUUGUUUAGAUCCCCUCUCAUGUGCUCCUAAUGGAGAAGUUCUGAGUGAAUCGGCUUGAUUGUCUGGCAAUGUGAUUUGUGUGUGAUAGAGAAGUUGGCUUGUCUUUUGUGAGGCAGCAGAAGUUGGUGCAGAGAGAGACAGAUGUGCAGUGUUCUAGCUCUGUGUACACCGUAAGUCUCGGUGCUGAUUAAGAUCUUACUCAGGGCCAUAGAUGACUCUCAUCGGAACAGAUGUCAGGGAAGGUGUCUGUGCGUCUUAAUAAAGGAUGUGCUGGGAGGGAUGUUAGUCAGCCCUCUGUUUUCUCUCUCUCGAUCUCUCUGUCUCUCUCUCUCUCUCUCUCUCUCUCUCUCUCUCUCUCUCGCUCUCUCUGUCUCUCUCUCUCGCUCUCUCUGUCUCUCUCUCUGUCUCUCUCUCGCUCUCUCUGUCUCUCUCUCUGUCUCUCUCUCGCUCUAUCUGUCUCUCUCUCUCUUGCUCUCGCUGUCUCUCUCUGCUCUUGAACCAUCUGGUUAUGGACCAGAGGUCCUGAGGUGCUGUAAGUGACUAAAUGAGAGGGAGGAAGUUGAGCUGAAACUAAGUAACUUUCCUCUCUCCUAUUAUCAGGCAGGAGAUCUGUUUGAGAAGAUCAGGAACAACCAGAGGGCUCUGGACUGCUACCGCUAGGGCAACUCCUUCAGGAAAGGUAGGCCUGACACAGCACUGGGAGGUUGAUAUAUUAAUUAACAUCACCUAUUGGGUAGUGGUUGGGACAAGUUAAUGGCCUAAUCUUUAUGUUGUUGAUGGUGGGUUUUAUACUGGUUUAGAGAAUGAAUUGUAAACUGUAUUGAUGUGAAUGUAACUGUGACGUCUUUCCCUGAGCGUAGCUGUGGAGCUGGCUCGUGUUGCCUUCCCAGCUGACGUGGUGAAGCUGGAGGAGGCCUGGGGAGACUACCUGGUCCAGCAGAAACAAAUGGACGCUGCCAUCAACCAUUACAUUAAGACUGGGUGA